AUGAAGGUGCUCCGGCACAAGAUCGAGCUCCUGACAGGGCUGCUGCUGCAGGAGAUGACCAUGGCAGGGCUGCACGAACUGCGCUUCACCGAGGAGAAGCCGCUGCUGCGGGGACAGGACACUGAGCUGGAGAACUCGGAUGUCUUCCUCUCCACUGUGGACACAGACUGGAAGGAACACGACAUUGAGACCCCCUACGGGCUGCUGCACGUGGUCAUCCGGGGCUCUCCCAAGGGGAACCGCCCGGCCAUCCUGACCUACCAUGAUGUGGGCCUCAACCACAAGCUUUGUUUCAACACCUUCUUCAACUACGAGGACAUGCAGGAGAUCACUAAGCACUUUGUGGUGUGCCACGUGGAUGCGCCAGGACAGCAGGCAGGAGCCUCACAGUUCCCUCAGGGGUACCAGUAUCCAUCCAUGGACCAGCUGGCUGCCAUGUUACCCAGCGUGGUGCAGCAUUUCGGGUUCAAGUAUGUGAUUGGAAUCGGUGUUGGGGCAGGAGCCUACGUGCUGGCCAAGUUUGCGCUCAUCUUCCCUGACCUGGUUGAAGGGCUGGUCCUUAUGAACAUCGACCCCAACGGCAAAGGCUGGAUUGACUGGGCAGCUGCCAAGCUCUCUGGCCUCACCAGCACACUGCCGGACAUUGUUCUGUCCCACCUGUUCAGCCAGGAAGAGCUGAUGAACAACACGGAGCUGGUGCAGAGUUACCGGCAGCAGAUCGGCAGUGUGGUGAACCAGUUCAACCUCCAGCUCUUCCUCAACAUGUACAAUGGCCGCAGGGACCUGGACAUCAACCGGCCUGGGACUGUUCCCAAUGCCAAGACGCUGCGCUGCCCCGUGAUGCUGGUGGUCGGAGACAAUGCGCCUGCUGAGGAGGGGGUGGUGGAGUGUAACUCCAAGCUGGAUCCCACCAAUACCACAUUCCUGAAGAUGGCUGACUCUGGUGGGCUGCCCCAGGUCACACAGCCAGGCAAGCUGACCGAAGCCUUCAAAUAUUUCCUGCAAGGCAUGGGCUACAUCACCCACCUGAAGGAUCGCAGGCUGAGUGGAGGCACAGUGCCAUCUGCCAGCAUGACCCGCCUGGCACGCUCCCGCACGGCCUCCCUCACCAGCGCCAGCUCCGUGGAUGGCACCCGCCCACGUGCCUGCACCCACUCGGAGAGCACCGAGGCCAUGGGGCAGAUCAACCACACCAUGGAGGUAUCGUGCUGAGGUCCACGCCCGCCGCCGCCGACAUCUUCAGAGCCAUCUCCCAUCCGUCAGCAUCCCGCCAGCACCCACCCGCCCCGUGGACAUCCUCCACCAGGGCCCUCGCUUCUUCGGGGUCAAUUUGUCUUCUUUGCCGUUGGCCUCAUCCCCUUGUCUGGUACAGGAGAAGGAGAGGGGCUUCGUCCAGCA